CGUCACUAAAGCCUGUCCUCACCCGGCUGCCGUCGCCGGUCCGGGGUGUCCGUCGCCGUCCACUUGAGCACCUUCAGUCACCAAAAUGGCGAAUGUGGUGCUGGAGUUUAAGGUUUCUGCCGGUGAUUCAGAGCCACAGAGUCGCCCUGUCCUGAUCAUCGGGCAGCACACCAACCUGCAGCAGGUCAGCUGGAGCCAGAUCAAAGGAAAACUCCAGCCGGUCGUUAGCAAAGAGAUCUGGCAGGCAGCUCUGAGUGCUUUAAACCCAAACCCCACGGACAGCUGCCCCCUGUACCUCAACUAUGCCACAGUGGCCGCCAUUCCCUCAAGGGUCAGCAGGCACAACAGCCCGUCUUCUGCCCACUUUGUGUCCCGCCUGGUCCGUUCCUGCCUUCCCGGAGGGAAUAACCGCUGCAUUGUGAUGGUGUGUGAGCGUUCAGAUGUGUUUGCAUCCUGCUGUGCUAUGGCCCGGGCCUUCCCCAUCUUCUCUCGCCGCUCCGCAUCCUCACGCAGAACUGAGAAGAAGCAUGUGACCGUGGAGUUUGUGAUUGUUGGGCAAGAUGCCAAUCCUCUGGAGGCUGCAGAGCUUGAGUGUCUUUCUAACGCUGCUGAUGGAGUUCGACUGAGCGCUCGCAUUGUGGACACUCCAUGCAAUGAGAUGAACACAGAUCACUUCUUAGAUGAAAUCAGGGCUGUGGGGAAUGAACUUGGAAUCACUCCAGUUAUCAUUCGUGGAGAGGAACUGAAACAAAAAGGGUUUGGAGGUAUUUAUGGUGUUGGAAAGGCAGCAGAGCACCCUCCUGCGUUAGCGGUACUGAGUCACACUCCUGAAGGCGCUACCCAAACAAUUGCAUGGGUGGGCAAAGGAAUUGUGUAUGACACUGGUGGACUUAGCAUUAAGGGAAAGACCACAAUGCCAGGGAUGAAAAGAGAUUGUGGUGGAGCUGCUGCCGUUCUGGGAGCAUUCAAGGCCACCAUUAAACAGGGCUUUAAGGAUAAUCUCCAUGCAGUGUUUUGCCUCGCAGAGAACUCAGUUGGACCCGCAGCCACGCGACCUGAUGAUAUCCACAUUCUCUAUUCUGGAAAGUCAGUGGAAAUCAACAACACUGAUGCAGAGGGCAGGCUGGUGCUGGCUGAUGGAGUAGUGUAUGCCAGCAAAGACCUGGCUGCUGAUAUUAUUCUGGAUAUGGCUACACUGACAGGUGCACAGGGAAUCUCCACAGGAAAGCACCACGCAGCUGUGAUGACAAACAGUGAGCAGUGGGAAGCUGCAGUUGUGCGUGCGGGCCGCAGCAGCGGGGAUCUCGCUCACCCUCUGGUCUACUGCCCCGAGCUGCACUUCAGCGAGUUCACCUCUGCUAUGGCUGACAUGAAGAACUCUGUGGCAGAUCGGGAGAACGCGCAGAGCUCCUGUGCUGGCCUCUUUAUUGCAUCUCACCUGGGCUUCGAUUGGCCCGGUGUCUGGGUCCAUGUUGACAUUGCCUCUCCUGUUCAUGCUGGAGAGCGUGCCACAGGUUUUGGUGUUGCUCUGCUCAUGGCCCUGUUUGGUCAGGCAUCCGAUGACUCCAUGCUGAACCAAGUUUCUCCUCUGGGUGCAACCACCAACGCGUCCAAAGACCACAUGGAGCGCGACUGCAAACGGCGAAGAUUGGUCUAAUGAGGGAAAGGGGGGGGAAAAAAAACAAACAAAAAACACCACGCCACGGUUCACUCCCCCGACUGCUCCUGUGCCACCACACACCCAAACUGUUUAAGCAAGUGCUUGUCCAAUUUAGAGAUAAAAUGUUUUAGAGUCUGUGUUCUGUGUUUGACUUGACCGAAUAAACCAGAUAAAAAUGAGUCAAUCAGAUGUGGUAUAAAUGAUUGUGAUCAAGCACAGGCCCUCAUUUGUGCUCGUUACGUGGCACUUGCCGCACUGAUUGCCUGAAUAGCUUCUUCAUUAUUCAGUUCUCAUUGGUUAUAUUAAAAUGUAAGCAAACUUCGAGUUAAAUUAAUUAUUGAUUCAUUCUUCCUUUUUUUUUCUUGUGUUUUUACCAGAUUCUACAAUUAAUGCAGUUGAAUUUUUUUUUUUUUUUAACCCCAUACCUCAAAUGUUGCUUUCCAGUGUCCAUUUCAUCAGCAGAAAUUUUUGUAAUUUCAUGCUUUAUGCAAACAGAGAAUAACGCCAUACAUGUUGUACUUAGACGUUCUGAAAAUCACUGGCUCAAGAUCAGUGAAGAUAGACGUGUUAUCUUUUGUAACAACUGCACUUUGUUAACGCUUUGUAUCUUUGGACUGCCUAAUCUCUGGACCAAAAUGAGUGCUCACUGCACUUUUUAACAGUUUCACUCUGUCACAUGACUGCUGACAUGCUUUGUCAGCAUAAAACACACAGGCCAGACGUUAACUGUAAGUUGAAGUGUUCGUUUCCAGCACAAACAAGUUUGUUUCUUCUUCUAUUCGUAUGACAAUCGUGUUGUCCUUCAAUAAAGGUGGUGCCAUCUGUCA